AUGAGCCAGACCAACACAAAUACCGGCUUAUAUGCCGAUGACCAGGCGAUUUUCCGAGUUCGCCGAGGUCUAGAAUUUCCAGUGCCAGGAGAUGGAGAACUCUUGAUCGAGACACAGUUCUCGGGAGCAAACCCGGCUGAUGUCAAACAUGCCACUCUCCUGGGAAUUUAUCCGGCCGUGCUGGGCUACGACUUCUGUGGGAAAGUGCUGCAGGCACCGCCCCAGUCUUUCUUUAGCCCUGGCGAUACUGUUGCUGGGUAUACUCCUACCGGUCUCAACAGACCAGCACGAUAUGGGACCCAUCAGCGAUACCUAGUCUGCCCGGAAGAAAUGACCUUUCAUGUGCCGGCAAACCUUCCACCGCAACAUGCAGCAUGCCUCAGCGUUGUGACCAUGACGGCUGCUGAUACGCUGUACAACCUUUUCAAGUUUCCUCUGCCAGACACUGAAAACACAGAGAAGGCAAGAAGGCCAUUGUUGAUCUGGGGCGCAUCAAGCAGUGUUGGUCUCUGCGCCGUGCAGUUCGCCCGUGCAAGCGGGAUCCAUCCGAUCUUCGUCACCGCAUCUCCAAAAAGACACUCACUUCUGCUGGAGCUCGGUGCAACAAAGUGUUUUGACUACAGAUCCCCGGACAUGGCUUCCCAAAUCAAAUCUGCAUUAGAAGAGGGACAAUGGGAUUCCAUCGACUAUGCCUUCGACACGGUAGGAAGUUACGGAGAAACCGGCUCAGCAAAGCUUAUGUCGGAGUGUGUUUCAGACCAGGCCAAUCUUGUCUCUGUUGUCAUUCAGCAUGACCCUCGGUUCAAGAUGCCCUUCGCUACACCCAACCAUGACGUUACUAUCCGGGUUCAGGGGGCUCCUCGGCCCAUUACAAUUCCAGCUCGACCUUCUGAUUAUGUGCGUGCACGACAGGCGUUACAAUGGGCGGUUGCGAACUACGGUGCGGGAUUCGAAUUCCCAUCUGUUGAUGUGGUUAGUGGGACAGCGGAAACUGCGCUGGAGGAAUUGCAGGCGAUGGCUGAUGGUACACGGGGAUUUGGGAAGCUGGCUCUGGAGCAUCCAUUGCUGUAG